UUGCAUUUCUAGUAACGCGCAAUUUGCGAACCGCGCAACGCGGACGGCGUAACGUGAAGCGUUAGUCCCCAAUCCUCACUGACGCGGGACUCCAGCCCGGUUGUUGCGGCAUCAGCGGUAGGAGGAGAUACAGAGGGGAUACAGGGACUCCUGCAGGCUGAUUUCAGCAGCUCAGCACUCGCAGGUGGAGACGCGCACCGAUCCGGAGCUUCGUCUGAGAGCCGAGCGCGCGCACUCACUCACUCGCCCAAAUUAAUAAAUAAAAUAAUUAAUACAGCGAGCUCGUGUUCAAACCAACUACAAUGAGAGCAAAUCUGUCGCAGUCAGUCCAAUCAUCAUAUGACUCCCAGCCAUUUAAAAUUUGAUGAGCAGUUUUUGGAGAGCUCCUUGGAUUGAUCCCAGUGUUUUCCAGUCAUGAAGAACAGAAGGGAAUAUGUGGAAUACUGGAGCGCGAUUAUAGUGUCUCUCUUCUGGAUUCACAGCUCUGUCGGGAUGCCCCAUGUCAUACGGAUAGGUGGAAUUUUUGAACAAAUGGAUGGACCCGUGGCGCUCGUCAGCUCCGAGGAACUGGCCUUUAAGUUUGCUGUUAAUAAUAUCAACAGAAACAGGACAUUAUUGCCAAACACAACGUUAACGUAUGACAUUCAGAGGAUUAAUAUCUAUGAUAGCUUUGAGGCCUCCAGAAAAGCGUGCGACCAGCUGUCUUUAGGUGUAGUUGCCAUAUUUGGGCCGUCUCACAGCUCCUCAUCGAAUGCUGUGCAGUCUAUCUGCAAUGCCCUGGAGGUGCCACACAUUCAAGUGCGAUGGAAACACCACCCGAUGGACAACAGGGAUUCAUUUUAUGCCAACCUGUACCCGGAUUACUCUUCUCUCAGCUAUGCUAUCUUAGACCUGGUGCAGUUCCUCAAGUGGAAGACAGCCACUGUGGUUUACGAUGACAGCACAGGUUUAAUCAGACUCCAGGAGUUAAUCAUGGCUCCAUCCAGGUAUAACAUCAGGCUGAAGAUCCGACAGCUCCCUCUGGACACCACGGACACCAGACCUCUGCUCAAAGAGAUGAAAAGGAGCAGAGAGUUUCGCAUUAUAUUCGACUGCAGCCACAUAAUGGCUGCCCAGAUCCUCAAACAAGCCCAGAUGAUGGGGAUGAUGACAGAGUACUAUCACUACAUCUUCACCACUCUGGAUCUCAUGGCCAUAAACCUGGAGCCGUACCGCUUCUGUGGUGUCAAUAUGACUGGCUUCCGCAUCCUAAACGUGGACAAUCCUCAGGUUGCCUCCAUUGUGGAGAAGUGGUCCCUUGAGAGGCAGAUUCCCCCAAAACCAGAUUCCGGUCUCCUGGAAGGGAUCAUGACGACAGAUGCUGCUCUGACGUACGACGCAGUCCACAUCGUGUCGGUUUCUUACCAGCAUGCGCCGCAGAUGACUGUCAACUCAUUGCAGUGUCAUCGCCACAAACCCUGGAGGUUCGGAGGACGCUUCAUGAGUUUCAUUAAAGAGUCUCAUUGGGAUGGCUUGACGGGACGGCUGUGCUUCAACAGAACUACAGGUCUGCGCACGGACUUUGAUCUUGACAUUGUGAGCCUUAAGGAGGAUGGCCUUCAAAAGGUGGGGAAGUGGAGUGCAUCUGGGGGGCUGAACAUCACCGAGGUCCCCAGGCAGAACGGCAUGAACAUCACUGACUCACUUUCCAACCGCUCACUGGUCAUCACCACCAUCCUGGAGGAGCCAUAUGUCAUGCUUAAGAAGUCUGACAAGGCACUUGUCGGCAAUGACCGCUUUGAGGGCUUCUGUAUUGACCUGCUUAAGGAGUUGGCCAGCAUUCUGGGUUUUUCCUUCGAGAUCCACCUGGUGCCUGAUGGAAAGUAUGGAUUUCAAGAUGAUAAAGGCCAGUGGAAUGGGAUGAUAAAGGAACUCAUGGAACACAGGGCUGACCUUGCUGUGGCUCCUCUCACAAUCACCUUUAUGCGAGAGAAAGCCAUCGACUUCUCGAAACCUUUCUUGAACACUGGCAUCAGUAUCCUGUACCGCAGACCCAACAGCACCAACUCUGGCUUCUUCUCUUUCAUGAACCCCAUGACCCCAGAUAUCUGGGUCUACAUCCUGUUGGCCUACCUGGGAGUCAGCUGUGUACUCUUCGUCAUCGCUAGGUUCAGCCCGUACGAGUGGUAUGACGCCCAUCCGUGUAACCCAGGCUCCGAUGUGGUAGAAAACAACUUCACCCUUCUCAACAGCUUCUGGUUCGGCGUGGGCUCUCUCAUGCAGCAAGGUUCAGAGCUGAUGCCUAAAGCUCUCUCUACUCGAAUCAUCGGAGGAAUCUGGUGGUUCUUCACCCUCAUCAUCAUCUCCUCCUACACAGCGAAUCUUGCCGCUUUCCUCACUGUAGAGAGGAUGGAUUCGCCCGUGGACUCAGCCGAUGACCUGGCCAAACAGACCAAAAUAGAGUACGGCGUAGUCAAAGAUGGAGCAACCAUGUCUUUCUUUAAGAAAUCAAGAGUGUCUACAUUUGAGAAGAUGUGGGCUUUCAUGAGCAGCAGGCAGAGCACGUCGUUUGUCAAGUCCAUUGAAGAUGGGAUUCAGAGAGUGUUAAAGUCAGACUACGCCCUUCUAAUGGAGUCAACGACCAUUGAGUAUGUGACACGCAGAAACUGCAAUCUCACGCAAGUCGGCGGCAUCAUCGACAGUAAAGGUUACGGCAUCGGCACCCCAAAAGGCUCCCCAUACAGGGAUAAAAUCACAAUUGCCAUCCUCGGUAUCCUGGAAGAUGGCCGUCUUCACAUGCUCAAAGAGAAGUGGUGGAGCGGCAGCAGCUGUCUGGAAGACGAGCGGUAUGAAACGGGUCCCAUGGGCAUCCAGAAUCUGGGCGGCAUAUUCAUUGUUUUGGCGUCCGGUCUGGUGCUGUCAGUGUUUGUGGCUAUAGGAGAGUUCAUCUAUAAGCUGCGAAAAAAUGCAGAGCGUGAACAGGACUUUCUGCAGUGCGGUGAUGGAAGAGAUCAAACUGUCGUUCACAUGCGAGAGACGGGUGAAACACAAGCUCCACCACCAGCCGCCAGCCAUGGUGAAGACGGACGCAGUGAUCAACAUGCACUCCUUCAACGACCGUCGCCUCCCAGGAAAGGACAACAUGAGCUGCAACACCGCGAUGAAGCCCGUGUAUCCAUGACUUGCCUGGGCGACGGCCACCUGAGGCACGUCCCCGGCGCCAUGCCGGAGAGCAGGGACUACGGCCCUGAGAUGAUUACAGCAUUCACCAUCAACCGCAGAGACAUCCGACACCAAAUGGCCAGUCAGAACGGUGGCAGUAGCAGCAAACCAGGUAGUGACCACAUCCUCAAACCAAUGUAUCCCACCAUGCCAUUGCGAGAGGGAGGCCGAUCAGUAUCCUUCCUGUGAGAGCGAGCCACAUCUGCAAAACUAUCCGCACCCGAAUCUGAUGUUUACAAACGGCAUUCAAAAGCGAAGCUCAGAUCUGACUUGAAGAAGCCCCCCGAUCAAACAAAAAAUAUAUGUUUCUCAUUGGAACAAUGUGAAAAUGUGGAAAAGAGGCUUUUUUUUGAGCAUGGCAAUAAAUGAAACUACAGACAGACUCAAAUGGAAGUAGUUUCCUUAGAGUAUCAUUUAUAGCACAUCAAGUUACUUUCGAAGAGUUUUGACGAUUUAUCUUUUGAUUUCGUCAAAAUGCUUCGGCGUUUUGGUGGGGACGCAACAAAAAAAAAAGCGUUGUGAAUGCGAUGUACAUUACAGGUAAGCGUCGGACCGUAAGAGCAGUUUAGUUUAACACUCUGCACCACAGCAGUCAGCGUGACCUGCUAGAAUAGUAGAAAACCCUUAGACAGCAAGUUCCCGAAGGCUACAAAGAGUGUAGCGACAUCCUACGCUCACGGAAAUGCACAAACUAACAGGGUUGAUUUCAUUCGAGCCACCUAAACAAAUUGAAAAACGAGUAAAAAUUCUGUACGGCAGUUUUGAGCAAGACUUGUCCCAUUUUGAUUUAUUCAUGCUUCAUACAUUGCCAGCAGAUGUUUUUUACACAGCGAGAUCUAAUGGUAAUGACGGAUAAACACAACAGUUGCCAAAGAUCUGUCGUCCAAAUGGAUUUAGACACUUGAAACACAGCUUCCCCUACAGACAAGAGAGCGAGUGACAUGUUGCCUCCGCUGUGUUUGUUAAAUGAGUUAUUCCUGAGAAUCACAGCCCUCAUAUCAAGAAUACUCGCUUCACAUGGUACAUACAGAGGAUUCGACAAAAACACAGAGCUUGCCGUAUGGUAGAGAGAUAAUACAAAGGAUACUAAACCAUUUUGAGACAUACAUGAUUGAGAAUGUCUCUUACUGAGUAUCUGUUCGACAAGUCUGUUUUGAUUACAGUGGCUUAUUCCAUCUGCAUCUGCAUGAGACCUUUCAGUGUCAACUUGUUUGAAUCACAGAAUUUGUAAGUGGCGUGGCCUUUGUCAGAAAAUUUAAUAAGAAAACAUCUGGGUGUUUUUUUGUUUGUCUUAUUAUUCCAUCUGUCAUUCUUGUUGUUGUCACUUUUUUUUUUCUUAGAUUACUUAAAACAAACUCAAUGAAUGUGCUUAAAGGGAUACACUUAAAUUGAAAAUCACAUAGUUACAAAACCUUUUUUAUUUAUUUUUUUCUUCCCUGAAACACAAAAUAAGAUGUUGGACAGUGUUUCAGCCACACUUAUCUAUACAAUGAAAGCUGAAAGUGAUUUAUACUGCCAAGCUCAAAAAGGUUAAAAUGCACCUUAAACCUGGCUCUGCCAUGACAUAGAGAAAGAUUAUCUUGAAUAAUGAAUUUAGCAUUUUGGCAUGUUUCUCACAGAUAGCUCUCAUGUAGUUGCAAAUAAUGUACAAGUAUAGAAUAAUUUUAAGGCCCAUUUACACUAGGAACAAACUAUACCAAUUACUAUAUUAGCGUCCACACCAAUGGAAUGAUAGCUGUGUCAAAAAGUGUAAUGUUCUGUGCGCAUACAGUUUUGUCGUCUGCUGUUUUAAAUGCUAAGCUAUUAAUGGUGCAUUAACGUGUUUUGAUUGCUUAUUCCAGACCAGAGUUUGACUGAUCCCCUGUCCCCACACCCCUGCUGGACUGUGUUCACACGGUAGUUUUUGGUUCCAAACCAUGGUACGUUUGCGUCAUCAGAGCGGUAGCUGUUUACCUCUGUUUCUGGGUAACAACUAUGCAGAAGAAGGCAAAGCAAAUGGAUGCUUGCUUCCUUUUUGUACUUAGAAGUUUGAAAAGUUGUUUCCAAAGCACCAACACAGAGCGGGACAUGUGUCUAUUUAUCUUGACUAUCACACAGGUUUCAGAAGAAUUCUGGAGUCAAUUUAUGAGAGCAGAAAUGAGAUACAAAUUACCUCAUAGGAAAAAGCAAGGGAGCAUUGAGAAAACACAUAAAUGCACAGUUUAACCAAUAUGUCAUUAAUAGCAGCUAAAUCCCAGCUCAGUUGAGUACAAUUGUGUUCAAAUCAGAAGCAAACUGUACCAGAGUUCGCAUUAACCAUAUCCCAGAUCAUCCUUUUUAAUCCCAAAACACACUGCGAGAUUUUCGGCUGUCCCGGACAAAAGAUUAGGAUUGUGAAACAAUUGUGGCGAUAUCUGUGAUUAGUCUCCUAAUCGGUGGUCCUAUAUCGUAGAGUGAAGGAGGUUCAAAGACACCCAUUGUCAAAGUCUUGCGACCAAAGAUAGCCUGCAGUACAGCAUGAUCAUUGCACAGUGUGUUUGCUGGUACGGUUUACUGACCAACCAAUGAAAAUGUGACGUGGCGCUAAAACUGUUUACCUUAAGCUCUUAUCCAAACUGCUAAAGUGCGAUUUAUCAUGCUCUUUUUGUUUAGGCUACCACUAGCUAACAUGCUGAUGACGUUGUAAUCGUAUAUAGUAACGUAGGUCGUAUUGUACUGUAUGAGUUAAUAGGUGUCAUCAUUGUACAGUCUACACACGUCAUAGCCUAGUUUAUGAGAGCCACAUCACACUUAUAUGUGACAUGCAUUGAUCUUAUAGAGUUGCAAAAUUGUGCAGUGUGUCACGUGGGUGCGCAUUCAGAAUACAGUGAUCCAAAUUAACCAAACUCCUGAUUUAAAAUUAAUCCAUGUACAAACCAAAAGUCAGGUGGAUUCUGAUUGGGUAUCAGCUGAAAAAAAAAACUUUUAAUUAUAGUUAUAACCUAUGGUGUUGGGCCUAUUGUGGCUUUAUUGUUAUUGUUGGAGUUUGGCAGACUGAAUAAUCUCCCGCUGAGACAUUCUUGAUAAAAAUGUAUUUUGGGUUUCACAGAAGAAAGAAUAUUCACCCCUUUGAAAUUAUAUUAGGAUCAGUAAACAAUGACAACCUGUGGGUGACUCGGCCCAAUCAAAAAUUCAUUUUAAGUGAAUUCAUUGAUUUCUUAUAUUUGUACAUGUUUUCUGUACAGUUUUUAUCUGUAAUAGCAUUCCUUAAUCAUCAGGUAUGUUCCACGUUCCAUGUGUAUUGUUCAUAUUUUAAUUCCAUCAUUUAGGUGUGCUUCAUUUCAAAGUAUUUCCCUCUGUUCUCAAAUUCAUUUUGCAUGACUGUUCUCCUCCUGUAUCCAAACCUGACAUUAAGAUUUCAGAUAAUCAUGAUGCUAGGUGUAAGAGGGUAAACGGGCUUUCACAUUUGCAAAUUUGAUUCUUCAUUCAAGAGAGUGAUAGCUACAGUAAAACUGCAAUACAAGCAUGUUGAACAUCAAAACUGCAAUACAGAUGUACGAAACUGGAUCCUCUCAUCUCAUCUUUUUUUUUCAAAUGAGCAUUUAGUGAUGGUUCUCAUAGGUAGUUGAAUCCAUGUGUUGUCUACAUAUGGGAAACUCUACUAAGCUACUAAAUGUUCUCAUGAUGAGGUGUAGGUGCUAAGAGUCUUCACCCGCUGCCCACCCGCCCACGGCAGCUCGACCAAUGACAGACCUCUGUGAGGUCAAUCUAACGGACUGUGUCGAAAACUAAAGAAAAAGCAAAAAAAAAAAAAAAAAAAAAAGCAUUUUUGUGUUUUUAUGGUGAAUUGUGUAUCGAUCAGAAUAACUCCACGUGAAUCGAUGUUUCUUUGGUGAAAGCUCAUUGUAUAAGUGUUAUUCAAAUUCUGUGUAAUUUUAACACUCUCUUGCAAAGUAGGGUAUAUAUUAGAUGAAGAGAAAAUUACUGUAUUUUGCUAAAUACCGAUGAUUUUUACCUGUAUUUUUUUCCUCAGCUCUUCUCUUCUUGAUAAUUUGUGCAAUGCUGUACUGAGUGUGGUACAUGCAUAUUGUAAUAUAGGAUCUACUCUUGAGAAACUACAAAAAAAAAAAAAAGAACGAUAAUUUAAAGCCCCAGGGCCCAGUUCCAGCACAUUCAGCACCAUUAAUAGAAGGAGUUGAUAGGAAAUCUGAGUGAUGUUAUGUGAGACCUCCAGAUAUGCGACAACAUAAUGCACUCAUAUCAGAUGUAUAUAAAUAUGACACAUAACAGAAUACUCAGAAAAGUAUAUGUAUUCCGUGUCAUUUUCCACAAACACUCAUCAAGCAUAAUUGGCUUAUGUAUUAUUAUUUUAUUAUUUCCCCAAAAGGCUCGAUAGACUCUGUAGAAAUUUAUACAUUGUCAAAUCUAUGUCUAAUCACUUACUCUGUCCUUUAUCAAAAAAUAAAAUUAAAAUUAAAUUAAAUUAAAUAUUAAAUUUUAAAAUACAAUUUUACAAAACAGACCCCUUAAACUAUAUAAAGGAAGAUAUAUCAUUAAAGAUUAAAAUAAUAAUAAUAAUAAUAAUAAUAAUAAUAAUAAUAAUAAUAAUAAUAAUAAUACUAAUAAUAAUAAUAAUAAUAAUAAUACAAGGAAUAGUUCACCAAAAAUGAAACUUUUCAUUGCUGUUUUUCAUGUUGUGGAACAAAAAUGUUAUGUUUACACAGCUAUUUCAAUAUAACAUAGGAUAACAUAACGUAACAUAAAAAAUAAAGAAAAUCUUGUGACAGUAAUGCACGUCUUCUGAAUCCACAUGGUAUCUCGGUUUGAGGAACAGACUGAAAUUUAUUUGUUCAGUUUUCAAACCUCACUUUCCAUUCCACAUAUUCACACUCAAGUCAAAUUUCAUUCUGACAGUUUUCAUUGUGAGUUAUCAUACAAUCUCUUUGAAUAUUAAGCAGAGGUUGUAGAAACUUUAUAUAGAUCGAUUUUUGUCCUACCGAAGUUGUUUUAUUUAAGCAAGUUUUGUUUUCUUUUUAUUCUCUCUCUCUCUCUCUCUCUCUCUCUCUCUCUAUCUCUUUCAAGAAGGAUAAACUGCUCUGAUUUAUUCUGGGUGGAAACUGGAAACUGAAAUUGGUGUGAAUGUUUGUCGUCGAAAAAUGACAUGUCUGAUGCAAUAAGACAUAUAUUGUAAAUUAAAGCCAUUUGAAUGCAUUGCACAUGAGAAAAUUUGACGAUUAAUAUGAAAGUUUUAAUAUAAAUGAUGUAAUUAAAAGAUUUACACUAUUGUAAAUAAAAUCUUUAGAAUUAGAAUAGGAAUCUUUUAAAAUGGUUAAAAGCUUACAUGUUUUCUUUUGAAUUUGUUGUAAACAUAUCAAUUACUAAAUAAAUCCAGCUGAUUCACUUUGACAUAGUCGCAUAGCAUUUGUGUAGUCUUUCAGCUGCUUUCAAGGUUUUGUGGCAACAGAGCUACAGUAUUACGUUCUGCUUCGUAAAUGUGUUAAAAACUUGACAUUUCUCAAAAUGAUCACUCAAUCUUCCACACCAACUCUGAGAAGUGAACCGACUCUCUCUGUGUUUCAUAUGCUUGGCUGUUUGGUAAACAUGUCAUACUUUUAGGUGCACAUGCUUCAGAGUGAAUCAUAAAGUGAGCAGGUUUUUUUUUUUUUUUUUUUUUUUUUAAACUGGUAGUAGCAACAGGCAUCUGCAUUAGCUUUAAAAAUAUUUAUAUAUUUAUUUAUUGUUAUUAUAUUAUUAUUUAAUUUUUAUUUUUAUUUUUUUUUUACUAACUUGGUCAUUGUCAGCUUUGUUGUAAUGGAAAUGAGCAAUGUGAGGAUUUUCAAAACAUUAUAAAAAGCACAUGAAGGUUCUUAAAUAAUAUAUUCGUUUUUGUGUGAACUAUUCCUUUACUUUCAAUAAUGAGCUGUCACCUUGUGUUUAGCACUUUAAGGAUGUUGGAAAAUACAUGGUGGUAGAUUACAAAAUUAUUAUUGAAUCGGAUUAUAUAAUCAUAUAUUUACACUGUGACACAUUAAUUGUAAUUAAUGGCUAAGUAUAAUUUGCAGCAACACAGAGUGAAGAACAUAGUUAUCACACAUGCCGUCAUAUCUAACUGAUGAAAGACCAUGACGUAUUCAUUUCUAUCUGUGUGAAUUGCAUUACAUUGAACAUUUACUUUGGAUAUUGGAUCAAUCAGUCCUAUUUACGGAGCAUACACAUCUAUUUUAUAAAAAGAACAAAAAAAACAAUGUGAACAUUGCUGUUUUACAAAAUUGUAUGAAACAAAAAGAAAAUAAAAUGAAAUGAACUUUUACAAA